AUGACCUCUGGAUUUCAUCAGAUAUCCAUUUCUCCUAAUUCAGUGGAAAAGACUGCUUUCGUGACACCUGAUGGUCUUUAUGAAUACCUGAACAUGCCGUUUGGCCUUUGUAAUGCACCAUCAGUGUACCAAAGAUGUAUAAACCGUGCGCUAGGACCGCUCUUAAAUCCAGGCAGUUCCGACAAUGGUCAUAACGAUAGCAUCGCACAAGUAUAUAUUGAUGAUGUCAUUAGUAAAUGCCGCAAUUACUCUUGUGGUCUCUCGUUUUUGGAAAGAAUCCUAAUCGCAUUACGUGAUUCUGGAUUCUCUAUCAACAUAGAAAAAUGUCUCUUCUUCAAACGUUCUAUUGAAUAUCUUGGCAACAUCAUAGAAAAUGGUGAAGUCCGUCUAAGCCCUAAAAAGAUUGAUGCCUUAAUAAAAGCUCCCGUCCCAACUACCGUAAAACAAGUUCGCCAGUUUAACGGCCUCCCUGGCUAUUUUCGCCGCUUCAUUCCUGAUUUUGCUAGAGUUAUGGUCCCUCUGUAUAACCUUACCAAACAAGGUGUUAAAUGGGAAUGA